CCAACCUUAUCCUCACGCUUCACUCUUCGGGUGUCAGGCGAUUCGACAUCCGAAGCUCGCGGUGUUGCUGGUGUUGGGAUUGCGCUGAGUGUCAAGGCCGAGCGUUCACUUCUUGACUGGAUCCCGGUUAACAGCCGACUUUGCGCCGUACGUCUGGAUGGCUCAGUACGAGUCAACAGCUACAUAACNAGAUUGCAGUCUAAGGAAUGA